AUGGUACAAUCAAUGCACACUCGAAAUUUUUUGCAAUUUAGAGUGGAUGAGGCUUGGGAGUCUCUUGAGAAUCUUUCUGUAAAUUAUCAACAGUGGAAUUGCCAAGAUCCUAGAUCGAAAGCUUCCAACACACCUAAGAGAGGUGGAAUUUAUGAUGUCAAAGAUGACGUAGAUAUCAAAACAUCAUUAGCAAAUCUAACUAGGAGAGUUGAAGCUAUGUCAUUAAGUCAAUCCAUGAAUACUCCUAUCCAUAGGAAUGAAUUUUGUUCUCUAUGUUAUAGUACAAGUCAUACUACCCAGUCUUGUCCAUCAUUGCCUAUCUACCAAGAGGCAUUUUUUGAAGAUGUGAAUGCUCUUCAAACUUAUGGGAAUUCAUUUGAUAGCCCAUUUUCUCUGUCCGACAAUCCAAAUUGGAGAAAUCAUCCAAAUUUUUCUUGGAGACAGAACCAGCCUCUAAUGAACCAAGGGCACCAAUACAACUCACCCAAUCAGAGUCAUGCCCAACAUAAUAUGCCAUAUCCUCAACAACAAAGAAAACCAUCUUUAGAGGAUACCCUACGACAGUUCAUGCAAACCACCCAACAAGAUUUACACACAAGUUCUCAAUCCAUGUUAAGGCUUGAGACACAAAUUGGUCAACUUGCUACUGUUGUAGCUGAAAGGGAAAAGGGAACACUUCCCAGUCAACCCAUUCCUAAUCUGAAGAGUCAGUACGAGGUAAGUACAUCUAGACCUAUUGAAGAAGCUAAUUCAAUUUCUAUCCUUCGGUCUGGAAAAAUUAUUGAAAAACCUGAUUACAUAUCUCAACCUGAUGCUAAAAUGAACACUGACUCGUUAAAAGAAAAUGAAAAGAGUCAGCGUGAAAGCUCACAUUCCAAAGACUCAGUUGAAAAAAUGAGUCAAACUUUGUCGUUCAUUCCAAAAGCUUCAUUCCCACAGAGAUUGAUCCCAAUCAAAAGAGGUAGUCAGUAUGGUGACAUCUUAGAGGUAUUCAAGCAAGUAAAUAUAAAUAUCCCUUUCUUAGAUGUCAUUAAGCAAAUACCUGCGUACUCAAAUUUUUUAAAAGAUCUGUGUACUGCAAAAAGAAACACCAAUGUUCCAAAAAAGUUAGCAGAUCGAUCUGUGAAAAUUCCUAGAGAAUCACAAUCACUCCUUAGACCACAAAAGUUAUUUCGACCUCCUGAUUGGGACAUUCCUUUUGAUCCCGGUAAGUUACGUUCUAAAUGGACUGGUCCAUUUUCUGUUCGUACUGUUUUACGGAGCUGUUGA